AUGCAGACGUCUCACAGGCCUGUGCAGUGGCUUGCUGUCAUGCUUCUUGUCAUUGUUACAACCGGCCAGGGCCAACAAAGCGACAGUCGCCGAGCUGUGACCGAACACCAGCUGAUGCACGACCGCGGCCGAACCAUCCAGAGUCUCAAGAGACUCUUCUGGCUGUCCAGCGCAAUCGAGGGUCUCCACACAGCACAGACCCGCUCUGCUGCUUUCAGCCCCACAAAGGUCUUAAACCUGGCUCUGAAUCCAGAGCUGAUCCCUGAUGAUGGAAACCCCCAGAAUGCCCGAGUCAGGAGCCUCCUGAGAGACUUCUUUAAUCCGUACCUGCCAAACGGAGACGACUAA